CCUAAACCCUAACUCUGGUUCAUGGUAUAAAGCCUAUCGAUAACGCCGCUCUGAGGUCCUUGGCCAGGGAGCUCCUAAGUUAGGGUUUUUUUUUCUCUCUGCUACAAUGGGAAAAGGAACAGGAAGCUUCGGUAAGAGAAGGAACAAGACUCACACCCUCUGCGUCCGGUGCGGUCGCCGCAGCUUCCAUCUGCAGAAGAGCCGAUGCGCCGCCUGCGGUUUUCCCGCAGCCCGUAUCAGAAAAUAUAACUGGAGUGUGAAGGCGAUCCGGAGGAAGACAACUGGAACUGGUAGGAUGAGGUACCUUCGCCAUGUUGCUUGUAGGUUCAAGAGCAACUUCAGAGAAGGUACUCAAGCAGCUCCAAGGAAGAAGGGAGCAGCUGCCUCAGCUUAAGGUGUAGAAGAGCCAUACUGGGCAUAAUUUGGGUGCUGCCCUUCUUAGUUUCAGUUGGCAUCAGGUGUUGGAACAAGAUUUUUGGGAACAUUAUUUGAUGAGUGUUGCUUAUUUUUCAUUCCAAAAUUGCUCUCAGUUUUCCUUGAUAUGUAGUUGGUUUAAAUUUUGGAUGCGAAUUGGACGAUAGUACUGUUAGUUUGGCCUUUUACUUA